AUUGGAUUUUUAUUUCAUUACUUUGAAUAAAUUUUGAUAAAAAAUUAAUUUUACAAAGAAUAGCAAAAUUCAAUUAUCACUUUAAUUCCUUAUAUCGACAUUUAUAAUUCAAAUUGCAUCAGUUUUAGAUAAAUCAUGGAUGAAUAUUCGAGAGAACCAUGUCCUUGGAGAAUCGUUGACGACUGUGGAGGUGCCUUUACAAUGGGUGCAAUUGGAGGAGCAGUUUUCCAAAGUAUAAAAGGAUUUCUUAAUGCUCCAAGUGGUGUUAACAGACGAUUUGUUGGUAGUUUAAUGGCUAUAAAACAAAGAUCACCGAUCAUUGCUGGUAACUUUGCUGUUUGGGGUAGCAUGUUCUCUACAAUCGACUGUACUCUAGUACACUUCAGACAAAAAGAAGAUCCUUGGAAUUCAAUAAUCAGUGGUGCAGCUACUGGUGGUAUUCUAGCAGCUAGAAAUGGACUCCCUGCUAUGGCAGGAAGUGCAGUUAUUGGUGGUACCUUAUUAGCACUCAUUGAAGGAAUAGGAAUUUUACUUACACGUUUAGCUGCUGAUGAAUUUAAACCAAGAAUAUUAGAUCCUAAUGAUCCUUCACAAUUAGGACCUCCACAAGGAUAUCCAUCGUAAUUUAAGCUAAUCAAAAGAUUAAUUCUAAUUAUAUAUUUAUAGUUAAUUCGGUUUCACUUAUUGAUUUUUAAAAUUUAAACAAAUUUAAAUAGUCUAUAGGAUUUCUGUUCAUGUACAAGAGUAUGUAAUUAAAAUUUAUGUAUAUUUAGGUUAUGUAUGAGUUA